UUAAUGCAUACAUGGUAACAGAAGUGCUGUUGUGUCAUCUGGACUGGUUGGAUAGGUGAUGGAUGUUAUUGUAGUAAAGUGUGGUUUGGUUGUGAAGUAACCUGCAUGUGAUGUUCUGUGAUAUCAGCCGUUCACAGUCACUCACUGCAUCCAGCAGAACAGAUGGAAGAUCCUGACACUUUACAAGCUCUCUCAAUGAUGGAUGUCAACCUUUUUUACAUGGAGAACACCAGCGUUAACCACACCACGCUCUUUAAUGACAGCAGAAACAUCACCUUCUUACCGUACUAUCAACAUUCUCUUGUGGUGGCCACCAUCUUUAUUCUGGCGUACAGUCUCAUCUUCUUACUCUGCAUGAUCGGAAACAUCCUGGUGUGUUUUAUUGUGCUGAAAAACAGACAAAUGAGAACCGUCACCAACAUCUUUAUACUGAAUCUGGCCAUCAGUGAUGUGUUAGUGGGCAUCUUCUGCCUUCCCAUCACCCUGGUGGACAACCUGAUCACAGGCUGGCCGUUUGAAGUGGUGAUCUGUAAGAUGAGCGGUCUCGUUCAGGGAGCUUCAGUUUCGGCUUCUGUCUUCACAUUGGUGGCCAUCGCUGUUGAGAGGUUUCGCUGCAUCGUUUAUCCAUUCCGGCAGAAGCUGACGGAGCGUCAGGCCAUCAUCACCAUCGCCUUCAUCUGGGCUCUGGCCAUCGCCAUCAUGUGUCCCUCUGCGGUGACGCUGACGGUCUCCCAGGAUCUCCAGCACUUUAUGGUGGACCAGGACAACAUCACUUAUCCUGUGUACACCUGCUGGGAGGCGUGGCCCGAGCGGAACAUGAGGAAGAUCUACACCACCGUCCUCUUCUCACAUAUCUACCUGGCACCCGUGGCGCUCAUCGUCGUCAUGUACACGCGCAUCUCCAUCAAGCUCUUCAAAUCUCCCGCCACCAUUCGUGACGCGCACACGGAGGACAACAGUCGGCGGGUUUUCCGUAGGAAGUUGAAGGUGGUUAACAUGUUACUGAUGGUGGCUUCGCUCUUCACCGUCUCUUGGCUUCCGCUGUGGAUCGUCAUCAUGUUAACGGACUAUGGGAAUCUGACAGCCGCUCAGCUGGAUCUGGUGGCCGUCUACGUCUUCCCGUUCGCCCACUGGCUGGCCUUCUUCAACAGCAGCAUCAACCCCAUCGUUUACGGUUACUUCAACGAGAACUUCCGGCGUGGCUUUCAGGCAGCGUUUAAGUUUGGGGUUUGUCUGGUAGAGGUACCGCCGCAUCCCAGACGCAACGGCAUGUGGAAACACAACCGGGUGUGCGUGGAUGAAGACCGGACGAGGAGGAGCGCACCGGGUAAAGGAAGGAAAAAUUUCUGCAGCAAAGAUCAGUGUGAUGACUUAGUGCUGGAGGAUUUAGACUGAAGAGAUUCACAUCAUGCAAUGAGACAUCAAACCUCCAGUUGCUGCAGUCAUGAUUAAUGCAAAGCUAC